AUGGAUUUUGCACCAAACCGAUAUUACUACUACCAUCCGAAAAAUAAUCAGACUAAGAUUUCAGGAUCUCAACCACCAAACUGCAAGUUAUUUGGAAGCAAGCACAAUAACGGCAGAGAUAAUAUUUACAGCACAUAUUCAAGCGCUAAAAGUGGCAACGGCUACAACAACAAUAACAAUUACAAUCGGGAUCGCUUUACAUCCUCUGCAUCAAGUUCCUCCUCCUCAUUCACCACAUCGACUCAGUUGCAAUCAAAUCGACAGUAUUCAUCACCAUUCUCCUCAUCAACGGUUUCUAAACUGCCUAUAAAUCCAUUCUUAGCAACUUCACCUUUUCUUUUACCUUGCCGGCGCGGGAAGGAAGAGGUUAACAGUAAAAGGAGUAAUGUGUCAAAUAACAACAGCCACAGCAUCAGCAGCGCGCAUUUCAACCAAAGCUUUAAUCAAGCGCCUCUUCAACAUCAUCAACGAAACACUGCAAGCGUAGUUCCUCCACCCUCCUCCACAUCGCCCGCCCUAUCGACCACUGCAGAAACACCAUUUUGCAAUCAUCUAACAGCCGCUGCUGCCGCCGCUGCAGCCCAGAGAACAUUUUUGCACGACUACGAUCGAAAAUUUAGUUUGCUAAGCCUUUUCAAAAAUCCCUAUAAGUAUACAACGGACCGAAGAUCUUCAUCAUUUAGCUCCAGAGUUUGGGGCUCUAAUGAUGUGGUACUGCCUUCAGCGCCGUCAAAUGUUACUUCGAUGCUGACGUCUACGUACAGCAAAAUUUCUCAAGGACCUGCUAGUUCCAACACGAUAUUGCCAUGGAAGAUAAUGUCUUCAGCAUCUCAACCUAACAGUUUGCAUCAAUCGACUAUGAAUCCCACCUUCCAAGAACCAUCGAAUGCCGAGAGUCGCAAGAACGCUUUCAGCAGUAUGGUGAGAAACCAUACGUGUGUAACUGGGAAGGAUGUAUUUGGCGGUUUGCAAGAUCAGACGAAUUAA